AUGCCAUCCUCGCGUCGUUCGCCGCGGCCCGGCUCGUCAGAGCCGAAGACAUCAAAAGCGCCGCCCGAGAUCCUCCACCUCCUCGGCCGCGCAGUCCUCGCCUACUCGCUCAAGAAGCUCAGCGAGCAAAAGCAAAAGCCACCUUCCAAGUCCCGAUCGCAAAGUUCACGGCGCAAAUCUAGCCGUAGCAAACCCCGAGAACCCUCCUCCACCAGCAAACGCGGCAGCAGCCGCGAUAUGCCCCGCAGCGACAGCGGCGACAUGCACGCGCUCGUCAGCCAGCUCGCAGUCGGCGUCUUCGCCUUUGGCAUCCGCGCCUUCAUCAGGCGCAGGAAAGAAGCCAAGAAGAAGGCGAAGGCGGCUGCGGCGGCCGCUCAGGCUGGCGCCCGGUCCGUCCCCGGUGAACCGGGAGGCGCCGGAGAUAAGAAAGCCGGCGGCGGCGCGGUCGACCCGGAGCUUUCGGCCGCCCUGGACAGCGUCACCCAGGAGCUGCAGGGCGCGUCCGACUCGAUCAGGCGGCUGGCCCGCUCUGCGCCGCCGCCGCUGCACCGCGAAUGCGCGGUCCGGGACGCGCUGGAGGCGGACGCGGACCGGCUGACUGGGUCGCUCGCGAACAUGCAGGCGAGCAUUCACAACAUGAAGAAUCUACACCCGGGGCUAGAACGGGGAAUGAGAAGCCGGCAGCAGAGCGAGAGAGGGAAGGGGCGAGCGGAGAGGAGGCGAGCGGUGAGGGACACCGGCGUCACAGGGAGUAUCGAACCCGCGUUCAGCCUGGAGAACGGCACCGGCACCGUCGCAGGCGGGAUGAGGAGGAGGUACAGCGCGGUCGUCGACGCGAGCCAGUAG